UUGGGCCACACCCUCUGCUGGAAGCCUAUAAAAGGACAUGGAAGAAGGAAGCUCUUGCUCUUUGCCUACUUGCCCUCACCUGGCGGCAAGUCCAUUCUUUCCCUAGCAUUAGAGAAUUUUUCUUCGGAUUUCAGCACAUACUGAAGACCGGGGGACACGUCCAACCUCUUGGACUGAAGUGAAAAGAAAACAAUUCCUAGUUCUUCCAGUUUAACCUUCAAACUACCCCCAGGAGAAAUGUCAGGGGACCAGACAACCCAGAGAUGGGACUACACACAAAUCAGCGUCCAGAAUUCCUUCUACAAGUGGACCAUCAGCAACUUCCAUUUCAUUCUGGAGGGAAUUCAGGAAAGCAUUAGAAGCCCAACUUUCUCAAUAGGAGCCAAUGACAAAUGGUGUUUGAGAGUACACCUGAAUGGAGCUGAUGAAGAAAGCAUAGAUUAUCUGUCAGUUUACCUAGUGUUGCUUAGCUGUCCAAAGAGUCAUGUUUGGGCAAAGUUCCAGUUCUGGAUCCUAAGCGCCGAAGGAGAGACAAUCCACGGUGUGUGGUAUCCAAGAGUCUUUAGGUUCAUGCCAGGUGUCGAACUGGGAUUUAAAAAGCUCAUUCUUAGAAAUUUCCUCUUGUCCUUUGCGCCUUGGCCUCUCCCAAAUGACGGGCUCACCCUCCUCUGCUAAGUAAGCAUGAUCCAGGACUCCUUCAGCAUCUCUGAUCAGAACAGAAAACAAGGGAUCCAGGUUCCCAGGUGUACUUUGGCAGAUGAGCUAGGAGAACUGUGGGCAAGUUCCCACUUCACAGACUGCUACCUGGUGGUAGCUGGACAGGAAUUCCAGGCUCACAAGGCCAUCUUAGCAGCUCGUUCUCCAGUUUUCAGAGCCAUGUUUGAACAUGACAUGGAGGAGAGCAAAACGAAUCGCGUUGAGAUCCAUGACCUGGAGCCGCAAGUCUUCAAGGCAAUGAUGGACUUCAUUUACACCGGAACGGCACCAGACCUGGACAGCAUGGCAGCUGCUGUGCUGGCAGCUGCUGACAAGUAUGGCCUGGAGCAUUUGAAGGUCAUGUGUGAGGAUGCCCUCUGCAGAGACUUCUCUGUGGAGAAUGCUGCCCACACUCUCUUCCUGGCUGACCUCCACAAUGCAGGACAACUGAAAACCCAGACACUGGAUUUCAUUACAGCUCAUGCUUCUGAGGUCUCUGAGACCUCAAGCUGGAAGACAGUGGUGGGGUCAUAUCCCCAGUUGGUAGCUGAAGCAUACCAUUCCCUGGCUUCUGCUCACUGCCCUUUCCUGGAGGCCCCCUCAAAGGCCUAAAUAAACCCUAGUACCUGGUCAGCUGUGACCUACAUGUGUCUCCCAGAAACAGCAGCCAAUGUUGUUACCAAUGACACCUAGGUAGACUAUGGGUUUUAUGGAGAAUUGACAGUGAAUCUGGGGAAAGACAUCAUGGUGGAU